GCGUUCUCUCGAAACACGGUUACUAUAAAUACGCAGUUCAAGGCGGCAGCCUCCCCAGUUCAUCGUCGACAAUAAUGGCUACGAGAAGUCUCGCUAGAUUUGUUUACGGAAAAGUGCAAGCCAACGUGGUUGCCCGUUCGGGUUCGAGCUUCACCAACCAGGCGAGAUUAUUUAGUUCACCCGCAGCAACCCAAUAUGAGUACAUCAAAGUAGAUAAGGCCGGUGCCCAAAAGAAUAUUGGUUUGGUAACAUUGAACAGGCCCAAAGCUUUAAAUGCCCUGUGCAAUGGGUUGAUGAAGGAAGUCCUAGAAGCAUUGGAAAUGUUCGAUGCCGAUGACAACAUUGGCGCGAUCAUCAUCACCGGAAACGAGAAGGCGUUUGCGGCUGGAGCCGAUAUUAAGGAAAUGCAGAAUGUGACCUAUGCCAAGUGCAUCACCAAAAAUCUGUUGAGUGGCUGGGAUCAAAUUGCGAACGUGAAAAAGCCAGUAAUCGCCGCUGUUAAUGGAUAUGCGUUAGGAGGAGGUUGCGAGGUAGCCAUGAUGUGCGACAUUAUCUACGCGGGCGAAAAGGCCAAAUUUGGUCAACCGGAAAUUUUGAUCGGAACGAUUCCCGGCGCCGGCGGUACUCAGCGUUUAACCAGAGCAGUUGGAAAGUCAAAGGCGAUGGAAAUCGUCCUUACAGGUAAUCAAGUGACCGCGCAAGAAGCCGAGAAAAUGGGUCUCGUCUCGAAAAUAUUCCCCCCCGAUCAACUGUUACCGGAAACUGUAAAGCUGGCCGAAAAGAUCGCCGCCAAUUCGCCCAUUGCUGUCGCUCUCGCCAAAGAGUCCGUUAAUACCGCAUUUGAAACUACGCUCGCCGAAGGUUUACAUUUCGAAAAGAGAACAUUCCACGGAACGUUUGCGACUAAGGAUCGAUUGGAAGGCAUGACCGCAUUUAUUGAAAAACGUCCUCCUAAAUUCACUAGCGAAUAAUUUUGUACUGUGCAAUUGGCAUCUUUAUUUUUAAAUAAAAUUUAAAAUGUG